AUGGAUGCCGAUGUCGAUGCGAUCGAUAUCGAUGACGACGAUGCUUGUACAAUCAGCAUCGCUAAUGACUGCUACAGUGAGAAUGAAGCCCUCACUGGUGAAGACGACGUUCUUUCAGCAGUGCACUCGAAGCGCACUGCUGUUGACAAGGAUGAAUCAGCAGAGGAAUUUCUGCUGACUCGCGAAGCGGUUGUCCGCUUCGUUCAAGACUCUAUUGCAGAUGCAAUAUACAAGCAGAAAAGAAACGCAGACAAACAUGGAAAAGUAAAUGUUCUUUCAUUUGAUAAAGGAGACUUAGUUUUACUGUCUACAGUAAAUUUACCACAACACGCAGUGAAAGAAGUGGACAGCAGUAAAUUACUGCCCAAGUACAUCGGUCCAUUUCGUGUGUUGCGCCGAAUGGGCAACGCGUACACUAUUGAACUGCCUCGUAGGAUGCGUAUGCAUCCUAUCUUUUACGUUGGUCGUCUCCGCCUGUACUACCAGUACGAGCCCGUUUCGAGAGGUGAAGAACACCUCCGCGGUCAAGGGCAGAGACCACCUUCGAGUGGUCCCGUUUCAACGAGCCAGUUUGGUCGACUAGCGAAGCGACCUGUUCACGCAGCUCAGCGAUGUCUCGACGAGCAGCAGCCAUCUCAUCACGAAGAGAACGAGUCGAACGUUCGUUCUCAAGUUGCGCGAACGCAAAAGCGGCACGAUCGUCCGAACGAUCGUGCGUUAGUGAAUUAUGAUGAUCCCUCACAAGAUCCUCAAGCCCAUAACGCCGAGAUCGUUCAUGAGCCAGGUCAUCUUGCAACUGUUCCGUUAGACGGUUCAGCUCUUGAAUAUUAA